AUGGUACGUUCAGUCAAAAGAAUUCUCAGGAAAUUAUUAAAAACUGCAAGAUUAUCGUACAUAGAAGUACUUACAAUUCUUGCAGAAAUCGAAGUCGUUACGAAUAAGCGUCCGUUAACGUUUUUGUAUGAACAACUGGGAGACGAACCGUUAUCUCCUAAUCAUCUCGUGUAUGGCAAAAGAAUAAGCGUAGAAACAUUAUUAAUGAAAAAUGGUUAUAAAAAUAUGGACAUAAAAAAGCGCGUUGUAUAUACAAACUCAAUUUUAGAACAUAUUUGGAAUAGGUGGCGCAGUGAAUAUUUAACAGAGCUUCGCGAAUUUCAUAGAAGUAAUAAUAAAUGUGGAAGUAAAAAUAAUAUAAAGAAAGGCGAUGUAGUGAUAAUUCAAGAUGCAAAUUUGGUUCGAGGAUUAUGGAAAUUAGGCGUUAUUGAAAACCUUUCACCGUCAACAGACGGACAAGUGCGUGCAGCAAAUGUGCGAUGUGUCUCCGCUGGGAAAAUCACGUAUUUGAGUCGCCCAGUUAAUAAAUUGUGUUUACGUGAAGAAAAUAAAUUUGGUGUUGUUGAAACUACGUUUGUGAAUGAAAAUAACAUUCAGCUAUAUGUUACUACUGUUGGUGGCGGGAGUGUUGCGCUAAUCAAGUUAUCGUAA